AAAAAAAAAAAAAAAAAAAAAAAAAAGCCAAACAAAACUCUUGACAGGAGCUUUAACAACGACGAAAGAGAGGAUGCCUCUUAAAGGCAGAAGACUUUAACUAGGGGCGGGCGAGCAGAUGUGUGAGAUCUUCUAUUCAAAGAGUGGACAUAUAGCCCAGUUUUCAGAGCCACGUAUUCGAGCCCCGUGGGAUCCGGAGGCUGCCAACCAGCUCCAGCAUGCAGAACAAAGCGCCCUGGCCCCGUGUCUCUCGGACCAGUACAAGCAGGCUGUAGGUGUGGAAGUGCUGGACACCUUAGUUUUGCAACGAGGGAUAAGGAAGCUUGGUGGUGUCUUUGUCAACGGGCGGCCACUGCCGGACUCCACCCGGCAGAAGAUCGUAGAGCUAGCUCACAGCGGGGCCCGACCGUGCGACAUUUCCCGAAUUCUGCAGGUGUCCAACGGAUGUGUGAGUAAAAUUCUGGGCAGGUAUUACGAGACUGGCUCCAUCAGACCCAGGGCAAUCGGAGGCAGUAAGCCAAGAGUAGCGACUCCAGAAGUUGUAAGCAAAAUAGCCCAGUAUAAACGGGAGUGCCCGUCCAUCUUUGCUUGGGAAAUCCGAGACAGAUUACUCUCCGAGGGGGUCUGUACCAACGACAAUAUACCCAGUGUGUCAUCAAUAAACAGAGUUCUUCGCAACCUGGCUAGCGAAAAGCAACAGAUGGGCGCAGACGGCAUGUAUGAUAAACUAAGGAUGCUGAACGGACAGACCGGAAGCUGGGGCACCCGCCCUGGUUGGUAUCCCGGGACUUCAGUACCAGGGCAACCCACGCAAGAUGGCUGCCAGCAACAGGAAGGAGGGGGAGAGAACACCAACUCCAUCAGCUCCAAUGGAGAAGACUCAGAUGAGGCUCAAAUGCGACUUCAGCUGAAGCGGAAGCUGCAGAGAAACAGAACAUCUUUUACCCAGGAGCAGAUUGAGGCUCUGGAGAAAGAGUUUGAGAGGACCCAUUAUCCAGAUGUGUUUGCCCGGGAAAGACUAGCAGCCAAAAUAGAUCUACCUGAAGCAAGGAUACAGGUGUGGUUUUUUACAAGGGCCAAGUGGAGAAGAAAAAAAGCAAACCAGUCCUAUGGCAGCAACACCCCAGUCACAUUCCUAUCAGCAGGUUUCAGUACAAGUGUCUACCAGCCAAUUCCGCCCACCACACCUGUCUCCUCCUUCACAUCGGGUUCCAUGUUGGGCCGAACAGACACCGCCCUCACCAACACGUACAGUGCUUUGCCGCCGAUGCCCAGCUUCACCAUGGCAAAUAACCUGCCUAUGCAACCCCCAGUCCCCAGUCAGACCUCCUCGUACUCCUGCAUGCUGCCCACCAGCCCUUCAGUGAAUGGGCGGAGUUAUGAUACCUACACCCCUCCGCACAUGCAAACACACAUGAACAGUCAGCCCAUGGGCACCUCGGGAACCACUUCAACAGGACUCAUUUCACCUGGAGUGUCAGUUCCCGUCCAAGUUCCCGGAAGUGAACCUGACAUGUCUCAGUACUGGCCUCGAUUACAGUAAAGAGAGAGAAAGAGAGAGAAUGUGAUCAAGAGGGGGAUUGUGUUCACUCAGCCAAUGACUAUGUGGACACAGCAGUUGGGUAUUCAGGAAAGAGAGAGAAAUGGCUGUUAGAAGCACUUCACUUCACAACUGUGUCCUAUACUGGAGCCCGGGAAUGGACUAGAAACCAGGACCUUUGCGUACAGAAGGCACGGUAUCAGUUGGAACAAAUCUUCAUUUUGGUAUCCAAACUUUUAUUCAUUUUGGUGUAUUAUUUGUAAAUGGGCAUUUGUAUGUUAUAAUGAAGAAAAGAACAACACAGGCUGUUGGAUCUUGGAUCUGUGUUGGCUCAUGUGGUUGUUUAAAGGAAACCAUGAUCGACAAGAUUUGCCAUGGAUUUAAGAGUUUUAUCAAGAUAUAUCGAAUACUUCUACCCAUCUGUUCAUAGUUUAUGGACUGAUGUUCCAAGUUUGUAUCAUUCCUUUGCAUAUAAUUAAACAUGGAACAACAUACACUAGAUAUAUGUAAAAAAUAUCUGUUGGUUUUUCCAAAGGUUGUUAACAGAUGAAGUUUAUGUGCAAAAAAGGGUAAGAUAUGAAUUCGAGGAGAAGUUGAUAGCUAAAAGGUAGAGUGUGUCUUCGAUAUAAUCCAAUUUGUUUUAUGUCAAAAUGUAAGUAUUUGUCUUCCCUAGAAAUCCUCAGAAUGAUUUCUAUAAUAAAGUUAAUUUCAUUUAUAUUUGACAAGAAUACUCUAUAGCUGUUUUAUACACAUUUUCAUGGAAUCAUUUGUUUCUUUCUUGGCCAGCAGAAGUUAAUUGUUCUUAGAUAUAGCUGUAUUACUGUUCACAGUCCAAUCAUCUUGUGCAUCUAGAAUUCAUUCAUAAUCAAUUAAAAGUGCUUGCAAGAGUUUUAAACCCAA